AUGCCUGCGAAAUCGCGAUUUACGAGACUAGAUGCUUUUGCUAAGACCGUCGAGGAUGCUCGCAUCCGCACCACCUCCGGAGGAAUCAUCACCCUAGCCUCGUUCCUGAUUAUAUUGUAUCUCGUCUGGGGAGAAUGGAUGGAAUACACCCGGGUGGUAAUUCUACCAGAAUUGGUGGUGGAUAAGUCAAGAGGAGAGAAGAUGGAGAUCCAUUUGAAUGUGACGUUCCCUCGACUUCCAUGCGAGCUCCUUACCCUCGAUGUGAUGGAUGUCUCCGGUGAACAGCAGGUUGGCGUCGUGCAUGGGGUAAACAAAGUGCGCUUGAGUUCACCCGCAGAGGGUGGCCGAGUCAUUGACGUUAGAUCUCUGGAACUCCACUCGGAGAACGAAGCGGCCAAACACCUCGACCCGAACUACUGCGGCGAAUGCGGCGGCGUCCCUCAGGACGCCAGUGAGAAGCGCUGCUGUAACACCUGCGAGGAGGUCCGAGAGGCAUAUGCACAGCACCAGUGGGCCUUCGGGAAGGGCGAGAACAUCGAACAGUGCGAACGUGAAGGCUACGCGCAACGAAUCGAGGCUCAGCGCCGAGAAGGCUGCCGACUCGAAGGUAUUAUCCGGGUGAACAAGGUGGUUGGAAACUUCCAUAUCGCUCCUGGUCGUAGCUUCACGAGCGGGAACUUCCACGUACACGAUCUGGAGAAUUACUUCGAGCCGGGGGUGGCCGACAACGAGAAACACACCAUGACCCAUGAGAUCCAUCAGCUUCGGUUCGGACCCCAGCUCCCGGAUGAGUUAUCCGAUCGCUGGCAAUGGACAGACCACCAUCACACAAAUCCUCUAGACAACACCAAGCAGGAAACCGACCAGGCCGCUUACAACUACAUGUACUUUGUCAAGGUGGUAUCGACCUCUUACCUACCGCUAGGCUGGGACCCAUUGUUCUCCUCGGCCAUACACAACGGGGAGACUGAUGCCCCACUGGGCGCCCAUGGUCUGGCACUAGGCAAUCAGGGCAGUAUAGAGACGCACCAGUACUCCGUGACCUCGCACAAACGGUCCCUGAUGGGCGGAAAUGCUGCCGACGAGGGCCACAAGGAACGGCUGCAUGCUUCCAGUGGGAUUCCCGGCGUUUUCUUCAACUAUGACAUCUCCCCUAUGAAGGUAAUCAACCGGGAAGCGCGUCCUAAAACUUUCACCGGGUUCCUGACCGGUAUCUGCGCGAUCAUCGGUGGUACUCUGACCGUAGCAGCUGCUGUAGACCGUGGUCUGUAUGAAGGUGCCCUACGGGUGAAAAAGCUUCACUCUAGUUAA